AUGCCAGCAUCCCACAACCUUCCACCAGAGGGUCCAAUUGUUCGCACGGUACUGGAUACCUCAUCUAAGGUCCUGGCGACGCACAACUUUCCACUGGGUGUCUUUUACAAGGCAUGCAUCAUAGAUGUUAAGAAUGCCAACGACGCUGUCUCCGAGCCAAUUUAUCGGGUCCGGUUCAGUACACCAAAAUCGAGGGCUCGCACCUUCAGGUGGUGCCACAGACGUGAAAUGGCAUACGCCGAGCAAGCCACUGACAUUCUGCCUGUGGGAACACGAGUUGUGGCCUCUUUCUCAGAUGAAUCUAUGCGUAUUCGGCAGGCACUGUAUGCGGGACUCAUUGCAGAGCCGCCGGAACCUUCAAACCGGAACCGGUACCUUGUGUUUUUUGAUGAUGGCUACACACAGUACGUGGAUACUGACAAAGUAUUUGCGAUGUGUGGUUCCUCUCGAGACGUGUGGGAGGACAUGCACGGUGACAUGCGCGGCUUUGUGCGUAGCUACCUCGAGAAGUACCCAGAGAUACCGAUGCUCCGGCUGUACAAGGGCCGCAAAAUCUUUGCCGAAUGGCAUGGAAGCUGGUGGAGAGCACAAGUGCUUACGGUGGAUUCCAAUUUGGUGGAGAUAUUAUACGAGGCGGACAACUGCACCGAGUGGAUCUACCGUGGCUCAAUGAGGCUCUCGCUGUUCAACAUGGCGCUCAACCAGUCAGUGCAGAACACUGCUGCCGCAGUAGGCUGCAUACCCCACGACAACCUCGUUCCAGUCACCAGAGAUGAGCAGCAUGUCGAGGACAUGCAAACUAAGGCUGACACCCAGCCUCAGUUCCAUCUAGAGGAUACUGUGUGCAAUGAAAAUUUAUACUUGGCACACCACUGUGGACCAGGAUGCCUAAAAAAGGUUGAUGAUCUCGCAGCCUUUUCAGAACAGAAUCCCCUUUCCAUUCCGUGCUUGCUUGGGUGGAAAAGGCAGAUUGUGAAGCAGAGCAACAAAAGCAAGCGAAAAGUUUACUAUGUGGCACCAUGCAGGAGGCGGUUAAGGGACAUCGCCGAAGUUUCUUACUAUUUGAACCUCUGCAAUUCACUCCUGACUGUGGAUCUCUUUUGUUUUGACAGCCUUGUCAAUGUUUUCUGUGAAUUUGUGCCUCAGACAGUGAGGACCUUUGUUAAAGACAUCACCCAUGGCAAGGAGCAGGUGCCUGUGACGUGUGUAAAUAGCAUUGAUAAUAUGUACCCUACAUUUUUUGAAUAUUCGUCUAAGCGACAUCCUGGGAACGGCGUGGAGCUCAACUUGGACCGCGAUUUCCUUUGUGGCUGUGACUGUGAAGAUGAUUGCCAGGACCGAGAGAAGUGCAGCUGCCAGCAGCUGACCAUUGCAGCGACUGAGGCCCUGAAAACUGGCAGGAACCCAAAUGCGGGCUACCACUACCGACGGCUGCUGGAGCCACACCUUGCAGGCGUGUACGAGUGCAACUCGUGGUGUCACUGCUCACGCCGCUGCUACAACAGGGUGGUGCAGAAUGGCCUGCGCGCCCGUCUCCAAGUCUUCAAGACCAAAAAAUGUGGCUGGGGCAUCCGGUGCCUCGAUGACUUACCCCAGGGAACCUUCAUCUGUAUUUAUUCCGGCCAGCUACUGAAUGAGCAAGCCGCCAAUGAGGAUGGCAACCAGAAUGGCGACGAAUACCUGGCUGAUCUGAACCACAUUGAAGUUGUUGAAAAGCAGAAGGAUGGCUACGAAAGCGACGUCGUCCCAGCUUCAGAUGAUGACACCGACAAGAGUGUAGAGAACCUGGGAUACCAAGUAAGCGCUUCCAAUUUAAACUGCGAGUUGGACUACUUGCAGGUGUUCUUCACCGACCAGCUGAUUGAGGAAAUGCAGCUGAAGCAGGGACAGAAAGCGCAGCACCACCUGCAGUACCACCAGAACCUGAUCGAGCAGCUGGUGGGUGACGCAAGGAAACGUGCAAGGGUACGAAAGCAGAGGGCGCCGCUGGCCGAGGACUCCUGUGACAGCAAGGCGAAUCAUGAUGAAGACAGCACAAGUAACGAAGUACGGAAAGUGAAUGGCAUCAAAAAAGAGGAGAAUGUAAAGAGCAAAACAAGUUGGCAGAACUCACCCGGGAAAUCUGGAGACAAGUCAUGUGACUCAGAGAGCACAGAGGACAAGCCACCUGACGCAGCAGGUGGCCCUGGCAAGCCUCUGGAUGGCCCCUGCUGCGGUGGCGAGCCUCAGCCUCCAAAGCGUGCAUCAACACGCAGUUUCUUCCAUGAGGACUUCUGCUAUGUCAUUAAUGGAAGCCAUUGUGGGAACGUAGGCCGCUUCAUAAACCAUAGCUGCUCCCCGAAUGUCUAUGUGCAGAACGUGUUUGUUGACACCCAUGACUUGAGGUUUCCCUGGGUUGCGUUCUUUGCUGCUGGACACAUCAAAGCUGGUGUGGAACUUACCUUGGACUACGACUAUGAAGUUGGAAGUGUGCCUGAACGUGUGAUUGACUGCCACUGUGGGUCAGACGAGUGCCGAGGGCGGCUAUUAUGAGCCAAGUGUUCACACGAACUGCCGGCAACAUAUGUGAAAAGACAGCAGUGUGGCUGCCGGUGUUCUGGUGCUUGUUU